AAUGGUCGACUGGAGAUUAGGAUGUGAUGUUGUAUGGAAAAAGAGUAAAUCCUAUUCAAUUUUUUAUUUCGCUUCUUGUUAUAUGCUACCUCUUUCUAUGAUGAUUUAUUGUUAUAUAAGAAUAAUAGUAAUUGCUAGAAAUCACGCAAGAAGAAUUGGAGAUGUGAAUACGAGAAUACUUGUAACUGCGCCAACAAAUAACGAAAGUAAAGUUGAUGGCGAAAAUUUAUCCAGUAUUUCUGGUGUUUCUCAUUCCUAUCAAAAUAUCAAGGGGAAAUCUACCACUACUGUUAGACUUGUAGGAUUAUUAGUAGCAUUUCUGUUACUAUGGACACCGUCUUUUUACUCUAAGUUAGACGAAAGUCUUUCCGAAAGUGAAAUUAGUAGGAUUACCAAGAUUAUUGGCUGUUUUGCAAAAAUGAUAACUCUUUUGUCAGCUAGUGUAAAUCCAUUGAUUUACGCUUUAGGUUCGAGGAAAUUUCGCCGAACUUUACGCCAAAAAUUCCGCAAAAAGAAGCUUGCAAAGAGAGGCAAAUCAAAUAUGAACUUAUCAAUUAUUUAUACAGAACAAUUGGAGAGGAGAGGUGAAUUAAUGAGAAAAGAAAAAUUAGCCUUGGAUGAAAGGUUGCCAAUGCAUAUUAUUGAAAAUCAAGAACUGCAGAUAGAUAGCAUGAAAGAUAUUAGGACUCUUGGAUCUUUGACUUCCACAUCCGGCAAGAGAAGUGGAACAACAGAAACUGCAUUAUAG